CUGCUUUACAACUGCAUUUCUAUAGCUGACCAUUACUGCCAAGCCAAGCUAACGGUCGAGCCGGCGAGGCUAUUACAAUCAAUGGCGACUCCGUCCUGCCGAUAAAGCACUGGAACUUUGAAGACGUAGUAGAAGCCAUGGGACACGAUAUGAGAAACAUCAGGGAGGCGAAUCUAAGCUCGGUGACGAAGCGCCUGGUUCAUGCCGAAACACCCUGUGCUGCCGAGCUUGGCGCGCUUAUGGACUGCAUGAAGCGUGCUGGCCCCGACGGUGACUCGGAGUGCGCAAGGCAGCGCGCGGCCCUGUCUGCUUGCGCCGGGAAGCACGCACGCGCUCCCCGCACCGUUUCAGCGGAGAAGCGCCGAAUCGUGACGCGGUUGCAGGGUGUCGGCGAGGCGGGCUGUCGGCUGGCAGUGCAGGAGCGCGCGGAGAGUCGCGGAGAGUCGCGGGGAAAAAUGAUCCACCGUUCGGAUUUGCAUUCUGCUUACUCCGCUGUUUAAGGGCGAGCACCGAGUACGGCGAGUCCCGUUAGGUCGUUAGGUGGUUAGGAAUUAGACGGGGUGGUUAAGGCGCAAGGUAGGAGCUAUUGGCGGGGUCUGGCGGCGGGUGAGCCCCCCACUGGUAGGUGGAAGUCCGACACACGUGGCGCGACAAGUGCAUGCGCGGGUAGGGAGGGAGGUAGGGAGCUGCCCUCCCUGCUCUUGGGACCUAGGUAGGGAGGAAGGAGUGAAAAUCCUGAUGUGGGUCAGGUGUACCACUGAGGUGGUGCUUUGCUCUGGGGCCUGCUUUGGAGACGUUUCGGACGGUGGUUAGGUGGAACGCUGAAGUCUUAGGAGGUGCCAGAGCCCUUAGCCAGAGGCUGUUAGGAUGGGUGACCAGGCAGGUCGUGGAGGUGGACGCAAAAAAAACCCGCAAUUUUUAUGACUAGCGCGUCGAUUUUAUGGGAGCUGAGCUCGCGUGUGGAUGUGCUCGUGCUUCUCUUCGGCAACUGGCCUCUGCACCUUUAAACCUGAAUUGGG